GCUGCAAGAGCUCCGGGCUCGCGGCUUUGGCGGCGGCGGCGGCGCCGGCGGGCUGGGCUGCGCGGUGCGGACCCUGGCGCGCGGUCCGGGUUGCUGGGGCGGCGCGUAAGAUGUCUCUAAUGGAGGAGUUUCUGAGAAGCACCUCUGGGCCAGUGGCUUUGAAAGGGAGCUCCAAGCAGAGGCUGUUUGAAGCCCUGGACAUCGCAUCCUGAGGGCUGUAGGAGAAGAGAGCAUAUGGCUGUGAGUUUGGAUGACGACGUGCCCCUCAUCCUGACCCUGGACGAGGGUGGCAGUGCCCCACUGGCUCCGUCCAACAGCCUGGGCCGAGAGGAGCUGCCCAGCAGAAAUGUGCAGGUUGAGGCCUGGGGAGGGAAGAGAUGUGCACAGGCAGACAGUGGAGCAGUGGGGCUCAUGUGCUCAGGAAAUGUUGAUGGAGGCAGCUGUGCCACCCACGACUCCCAUGCCCCCAGUCUGAGCUUAGGGGGCGAGAGUUCCCCCUCGAGCCCCACCAGACACAACUGGGAGAUGAAUUAUCAAGAGGCAGCAAUCUACCUCCAGGAAGGCGAGAAUAACGACAAGUUCUUCACCCACCCCAAGGAUGCCAAAGCGCUGGCGGCCUACCUCUUCGCACACAACCACCUCUUCUACCUGAUGGAGCUGUCCACGGCCCUCCUCCUGCUGCUGCUCUCCCUGUGCGAGGCCCCCGCCGUCCCUGCGCUCCGGCUCGGCAUCUACGUCCACGCGACCCUGGAGCUGUUUGCCCUGAUGGUGGUCGUGUUUGAACUCUGCAUGAAGUUGCGGUGGCUGGGCCUCCAUACCUUCAUCCGGCACAAACGGACCAUGGUCAAGACCUCGGUGCUCCUGGUGCAGUUCAUCGAGGCCAUCGUGGUGUUGGUACGGCAGACCUCGCACGUGCGGGUGACCCGGGCGCUGCGCUGCAUCUUCCUGGUGGACUGUCGGUACUGCGGCGGCGUCCGGCGCAACCUGCGGCAGAUCUUCCAGUCGCUGCCGCCCUUCAUGGACAUCCUCCUGCUGCUGCUCUUCUUCAUGAUCAUUUUCGCCAUCCUUGGUUUCUACUUGUUUUCCCCUAAUCCUUCAGAUCCCUACUUCAGCACCCUGGAGAACAGCAUCGUCAGUCUGUUUGUGCUUCUGACCACGGCCAAUUUCCCAGAUGUGAUGAUGCCCUCCUACUCCCGGAACCCCUGGUCCUGUGUCUUCUUCAUCGUGUACCUCUCCAUCGAGCUGUACUUCAUCAUGAACCUGCUUCUGGCCGUGGUGUUCGACACCUUCAAUGACAUCGAGAAACGCAAGUUCAAGUCUUUGCUGCUGCAUAAGCGGACUGCUAUCCAGCAUGCCUACCGCCUGCUUGUCAGCCAGCGGAGGCCCGCUGGCAUCUCCUACAGGCAAUUUGAAGGCCUGAUGCGCUUCUACAAGCCCCGGAUGACCGCCGGGGAGCGCUAUCUGACUUUCAAGGCACUGAAUCAGAGCAACACGCCUCUGCUCAGCCUGAAGGACUUUUAUGAUAUCUACGAAGUCGCCGCCUUGAAGUGGAAGGCCAAGAGAAAUCGAGAGCACUGGUUCGAUGAUCUCCCUAGGACAGCAUUCCUCAUCUUCAAAGGAAUUAAUAUCCUUGUGAAGUCCAAGGCCUUCCAGUAUUUCAUGUACUCGGUGGUGGCCGUCAACGGGGUCUGGGUCCUCGUGGAGACCUUCAUGCUGAAAGGCGGGAACUUCUUCUCCAAGCACGUGCCCUGGAGUUACGUCGUCUUUCUGACUAUCUAUGCGGUGGAGCUGUUCCUGAAAGUGGCCGGCCUGGGUCCCGUUGCGUACCUGUCCUCCGGAUGGAACCUGUUCGACUUCUCCGUCACCGCGUUUGCCUUCCUGGGACUGCUGGCUCUGGCCUUCAACAUGGAGCCCUUUUAUUUCAUCGUGGUCCUGCGUCCCCUGCAGCUGCUGAGGUUGUUUAAACUGAAGAAGCGUUACCGCAACGUGCUGGACACCAUGUCCGAGUUGCUGCCGCGGAUGGCCAGCCUGGCCCUCACCCUGCUCAUCUUCUACUACUCCUUCGCCAUCGUGGGCAUGGAAUUCUUCUGUGGAAUCCUCUACCCCAACUGCUGCAACACGAGUACAGUGGCAGACGCCUACCGCUGGCUCAGUCACACCGAGGGCAACAGGACUGUCGUGGAGGAAGGCUACUACUAUCUCAAUAACUUUGACAACAUCCUGAACAGCUUUGUGACCUUGUUCGAGCUCACAGUUGUCAACAACUGGUAUAUCAUCAUGGAAGGCGUCACCUCUCAGACCUCCCACUGGAGCCGCCUGUACUUCAUGACCUUUUACAUCGUGACCAUGGUGGUGAUGACUAUCAUCGUCGCCUUCAUCCUUGAGGCCUUUGUCUUCCGGAUGAACUACAGCCGCAAGAACCAGGACUCGGAAGUUGACAGCGGCAUCACCCUUGAGAAGGAAAUCUCCAGAGACGAGCUGGUUGCUGUCUUGCAGCUCUACCGGGAGGCGCGGGGGACCUCCUCGGACGUCACCCGGCUGCUCAAGAUCCUCUCCCAGAUGGAGAGGCACGAGCAAAAUGCCGUGGUGUUUCUGGGACGAAGAUCAAGGACCAAAAGCGAUCUGAGCCUAAAGAUGUACCAAGAGGAGAUUCAGGAGUGGUACGAGGAGCAUGCCCGGACGCAGGAAGAAGACCAGCAUCAGCUGAGCGGCAGUGGCGUCCUUGUCACCCGGCUGCCACCAGGCAGCCGCGUGCGUUCCCAGACUGUCACCUAACCCCGCGCGCGCAAGCCAUCUCUUCUAUGCAAUAACACAAUAGUAUUAUUUUACUACGGUGUAUCGAAAUAAUGUGUGUGUAUAUAUACACACACAUAUUCAUAUAUAUGCACAUAUUUAUAUAUAGUAAAAGGAAAGACAGACGAGAUGGGGUGUGGUUUGUAACCACCUUGCCCUGUCUUCCUUAACCCCAAAAGUCAGUUGGUUUGGGGGGGUCAGGCCAGUAUGAGCUCUUCCCAACAUGGAAAGUUCCAGAAGGCCCCUCCAGAGGAAGACCACUUGAAUAGAUCUGCAGGGCUGGCCUUCAGGCGGCCAGCCCUCCCUGGGCCAGACCCACACCGUCUUCCCAAUGCUGCUUUCAGACCCCCAGCCCAGCUUCCCCACGAACCUUCCCUGUGGCCCACGUCACGGGGUUUCCGUGUCUUGCUUUAGGGACAGAACCACUUAGGAAGGAAAAAACCCCCAUCCUUGGGGGUAGUAUUUCUAUAUUUGUGAUAAUGUACUAGAACGUUCCUUUGGGGGACCAGUGCCUUGGCCCUAAUGGGGAUACUAAUCAAGGGGUGUGAUUAUGCCACGUGGUCAGAUCUCAGUGAGCCGGUGCUGGGCAGCGAGAUCAUGCUGAGCAACUUCAUGUCCUGCUCUGUAAGCCUUCUCUCCCACACUUUCGGCUUCAACUCUUGUUGCUGAAAAUCCUCCUGAAACCGCCUCCUUUGGCAUCAAGGCCCAGCGAGAGGAAAGCAGGCAAGAGGCCGGUUGAUGGCUGCCACCCAGACCAGACCCUGAAAUGGGCUUUCUCCACUAACCCCCUUUCCUUUGAUUGUCCUGGUCAAGCAACAAGACAUUGUGGUUAAUUCAGGAUUCUGCUCAAACAAAGCAGAUCCUUCAUGUGUGCAUUAGGUUCCGUGGUUGGGAACGGGAGCAGAGAGCACAGACGCUCCCCGCCCGCCGUCCAGAGCCCUGGGGCUGACCCUGUCGGUCCACUGGCCCAGCUCCCCCUCACCUCGGGCUGUUGCCCUCUGUGGACUCGACCCACCCCAAGGUUCUCACUAGCAGAGUGGCGGGUGUGGAGGUAGGUUCAAGGGGACCUUCAGGGCCCCGAGUUCCCCUGGCACCACGGGGAGUUCCGGGAGAUCAGAGUGUGGUCCGGGUUGGCCCUACGCAUGAGUCCAGAGCAGGCCGUGGGGGCCGGCCGCCCCAGCGAGCGUGUUGGUGGUGCAGCAGAAGCAGGGUCAGAGCAGAGGAGGUCUGGUUCCGCUCCCCCGGGCUGCAGACCCAGCAUGGUGUAGGGGGCAGAGGAGGAAGCAGCCCCCACAGGGCAUACCGGUCCCCGCCCAGCUGCCUCCGCGCCUCCAGGGACAGCUAGGUAGGCGGGCAGAGGUUCCCCUGGCUACAUCCUCCUCCCAGCAGGGCAAGGCCUGUUCCAGGGGUGCCAUCCCCAACUCCCCCAUCCCCUCUCCCUGGCCAUCUCUGAGGCCCAGCCUUCUCAGUGCAGCCCAGGGGAUACUGCACAGCUCUGCCCUCAGCAGGGGAGAAGUGGUGAGCAUUCCUAUUGGUAAAGCACAGCCCUGUGGGGGAAACAGCGAAUCAUUGAGGACCACUGAGAUUCCCACGCGAUGGGGAUCAGGACACUGACGUUGUUCUCUGUCUCUGGAGGGCCACUCGGGGAGCCCCAGGCCCGAACCCUUUCCCCUCUCCAGAGGAGGAACUUUAUUUGCACAGUUGGUGCCUUUAGCUUUUGUGUAUUGAAACGGGCAUUUGGAAGCAGGAGUCAAGGGGCAGCUUCUAAAGGGGGUGCGAGUCCUCCGACCUGAGUGUCUGGGCCUCAGUCUAGUCCCUGGCGAGUUGACCCCCACCUCUCAUGUGAGGGCUGGUACAGGAAGGGUGGGACCCAGUGCGGCCCUCCCAGCCCUGUCCUGAGGGAGGCCCUGGUUUUAGCCGGGAAGGGGUGAAUGCAGUGUGGCAGUAGUGCUGAUGGGCCCUUGUCACUGAGGCUAAGGACAGCCGUCCCUGUGGGGUCACCCCGGGCCGCGUCAAGUUGACCCUCAACUUGCACACAGGCCCACCGAGCAGGGAGCAGGUGUCACCCAGGGCUGUGAGGGACCAGGGACCUCCUCCUGCUCAGAUGCCUCUCACCUCCUCUGUCACAGCUGAGUGAAGCCAAGGUGAGACUCACCGACGUGCCCUGGCUCACGCAACCUGUCGGUGGCUGUGAUGGCGCUGUGCCCCUGCCCCGCUUUGGGGGGGACGCUAUCUGGCCCCUCCUUGCUUCCCUCGCCCAACCCAGCCUUACUCCACACCUCGCGACAAUCAUUUUGUACAGAGAGCGGGAGCAGCGCUGUAAGGUUUUGUACAUUGGUGAUUUCUUACUUGGAAAACCCACUGUCUCCUCAAUUUCUGGCAUAUUAAUAAAAGAGCCUCUGCUUUGUA